GAUAGAUUCAAUGGUAGAAAACAUACAGAGUUCGAAGCAAACCAUCCACGGCUGUGUGGUAUUGUUUUUGAUCGUUCACAUUUUCGCGUCCUUUUUCGCUGCGACUUUCAACCAGUUGCGUAUGAACCGUGACCGCGAGCGGACGUUUGAAAAAGUUGUCGAGAAGAUAGUGUUUUGUGCGUAAAUUCUUUUCUGAACACCACAAAAAAAUAGUUUUUCAAACGCUAAAAUUUCAACGAAAUUUCGAAAAACAAUCGUACUCAACCUCCCGAUUGUGCCCAUCCAAAGUUCAUUGUUAUUCGAAUAUUAACUAAACGAAACAGUUUGUGGAAUAUAUAUAGCUAAAUAUAGAGGAUCGUGCUCCCACUGGCACCACCACAACCACCGUCGUAUCUGAAACCAUUCAACAGGUGCUGUUCCUCCCGGACGAUGUGAGUGCGCCAAAUAUUUUGGCAAAUCAAAUUUAUUCAGUGUGUGUCGGUAUAUGCUGUGUGUAUUUGUGUGUGGACCACGUCGAACUGGUCAAAAGUGUGCAUAAUAUUACGCCUGUUCAAAGAUUACGGCACGGCCUGUGGCGCGUUGUGAAAUUAAGAAUUUAAAUCAUCGAUCCAAGACUGCUCACAGCAGGAUUGCACGGUUGCUACAUUUAGGAAACCGUUCCGCUUCACAUUUGCAGCGCUACCCGGACGGGUCGGAGUACCGUUGGAUCGACCCUUUAGAACAAAGCGGAUCGAACUCGGAGGAAACCGAUUAACGGCGCGAAAAAGAAGUAAGUCUACGAUAUUUCCCCCUUCCUAGUGCCUCGGAAAAGACACACAUAAACACAUUUCGCAGUCAUCUCUAGCAAAGCUUCGUCAGUAGCAGAACACUUAAAACGCAAAACUAUUAGAUCAUUAAAUUUCCGUUCCGGGCCCAUUUUACGACCUCCGAGACGAACUCGUUCUCGAAUCCACCCGCUACCGAGCAUCAACGUCAACGAAUUGCAUCAUCAUCAUCAUCACCAUCAUCAGCAACAUCAACAGCAACAACCUCGCCACUGCCAUCGUCAAACGGCGAAGAAAACCUGCGAAGAAAUGGAGCAGCUCAGUUCAAACAUUUACUGAACCACUCCCCGAACUAUAGAGUGCUAGCUCGUCUACUAGCAGAUAGUAGUGCCGUUGUAGAACAAUCUGUAACGCUAGAGGUGUUUUCCAGAAGCUACCGAUUGUGUUCAAGCACUAGUACGUAAGCCGUUGCUAUUUAUUCCCACGAGACACGCGGUUCUGAUUUCGGACUGCGAAGGACGCCCGUUUGUGGUAGUGUGAAAAGUGUGAAAAGUGAAACCGAAACCAUCUCCGUCACCGUGCCGGGAUAGUCACUGAACUGAGAAGUAAAACAAGAUGGGAGCGCCACCUGCCAAGAAACCAUUAGUCAACCGAAACCUCGUAUCGCUCAAGGUUGUCCUGUUUCUGUUCUAUGCCGGUCUAGGAUGUCUCCAUCCGUAUCUUCAGAAGCACAUGACCUUAAUCGGUCUCAACUACAAAGAAUCGCAAAUCAUUUCAGUAGUCGCACCAUUGAUAGCCAUCCUAGGACCGUUGAUUGUCGCACCGCUAGCGGAUCGGCUUGCCGGAACAAAUGGUUCGUCGUACGGAAAGCGACUUCGUCUGCUGGCCUCCUUCUGCAUGAUCGUUUCCGCCAUUCUGUAUUCGAUACUGUUCUUCGCCGUUCCGGCUGUUGAGCGGCAUGAGUCCAGUCGAUCACAAGUCAGCUUCGCGUGUGAUCUGGACGGUGCCAUCAUUUUCCAGCAGCGCUGCUCCGAGGAGCGUACCUGUUAUCAGUGGAAACGAGAGAAGAUUGGUCAUCUAACGCUCACAAACUGUUCAUACACCUGUCAAAAACCGAUUGAAUUUGAGAACCUAAAUCAUCCCUACACCAAAGGAGUGACCAUUUCCCCCUCAACGGAAAGCUCACUGGAAGACGACGAGUACGAUUUGAUCGAUGAAGAUAUUGAUUCCGUGCCGGCCCACUUGGAGAUGCCACGGGUUGAAGUGGAUAAUACCCCGAUACCGGUGCCGCAUAUCUGCGAACGGCGUAAAGGUCCCGACUCGGAGAUUUGUCAUGCCUACACUAAAGCUACGGAAUCUUUGAAAUUUGAAACUGUCCUGCGAAGUGCUGUCAACGAAGAAAACGAAACACACAGUGCGGACUGGUGCCGUUACCCAUUGGAUGGAUUUUCCUGCAACAUUCCGGAGAAGCAGGUUGUCUGGAUGAAACUGUUAAUCAACUCGUCCAACUGCACUCCCAAGAUCGAGUGCGAAGUCAACAAUCCGUACGAUAAUGAAGAUAGUGUGCUGGCGGAGAGUGUGUGUAUGAGAAUCGUGGGCGAUCCGGAACUUACUUUUUGGUCUUACCUGUUACUCCGUUCGUUUGCGGAUGCUUUCCCAUUAGCAGCCAUCGUCUUGUUGAAUGCAGCUACAAUCAUUGCCACGCGAGAGACAUCUACUGGUAGGGGAGAUUUUGGCCGCCAAAUUGUCUGGGGUGCCAUAGGAUGGGCCUUGUUCUAUUUCGUGCUUUCGUGGGUGUUCGAAACAUACUAUGUCUACAUAGUGCUAGUGGUGUUAGCUGCCAUUGUACUGCUUUGCUCUUCUGGGAUGCCACUUACGCCACCGGAAAUGUGGUGGCAUACAAAGUGUGGCAUGGUAGCUAUUCCAAUGUCGGCAAUCCGACGAUAUGUUCCGGAGGCGGCAGGAAUUUGUUUCAUCACUCUAGUUCUCGGAAUAUUCUGGAGUGUGCUGGAUAAUUACGAGGGAGUUUUGGUAAAAACAUUCAAUGUCCAUCCGGUAUCGGAUGAAUAUUACGGGACAACAUGGAGCGUGUUCGUAAUUUUAGGUGCUUUACUGGUAGUCCCCACCCUGUGGUACGCAGAAAAUAUCAUAGACUACUGUGGUCAUUCGAAUAUCUUGAUCGCUGCUGUCACCACAUUUAUCUUCAGAUUUUCCUUGUUGGCCAGUUUGGAUGUCACCUGGUGGCGAGUGAUCAUAGACUUCCUCUAUCCAGUAUCUCUUGGUCUAACUUGGCUAACGAUUGUGUUCUAUAUGCGCCACAUUAUACCACGCCGCAUUAUCACCACCGGCCAAGCUCUGCCCGUGAUUUUCCACUUUUGUUUGGGUCGAUUUUUCGGCACUCUAAUUGGAACAUGGACUAAACUGGACUGCCUUAUUGUCACCUUUCAAGCACUGGCCAUCACUGCCUGUGUCGUUGCCAUCGUUUACUUCUUACUUUACCACCUAGUACUCGCCCCACGAUGCGCCGCUCGUCUCAACACAAUGCCUUCGACAUCUGCACUAAACAUUACCUCGCCGGACACAAAUGGCCAAUCGCAUCCUCCACAUACACAACCCCUGCAGCCUUCCAAUGGUAGCUAUCAACCUCUUCGUAUCUAUCAUAACAACCAGGGCCGAAAGGGUCAUUUCAGAUAUUAAUUAUUAGUAUACGUUCGAUGAGGCAUCUAGUCUUCGUCAAAUAAAGUACGAAAAGGACGAUUGUAGCUCGUAAAUUGGUACCAAAAUGUACUCGAACAUUGGAAGAAUCCGUUCAAAUUGUAGAUUAUUUAUUGUAGUUCUUUUCAACAUGAAUCAGGCUGAUUGAAUCCGAACCAUUAGCCAGGCUGUAGCUUUUAGAACAGUUGAAAAUGCAUUGUAUUAUUUUUGACAAUUUUCUUUAGCUCUAGUAUAAAAUAAAAUCGAAUCUUCUGAAGCAUACCAAUUUUUGGUAAAACUCGAUCUAUUAUCAUACUCGUUUUUUAUUUGCAGUGAAUCUCUACAUGAUUGACUACUUACGCUUAAAUACAACUAAUAAGAUAAGAUUAUUCUUUAACCUAGAAUUGUAAAGUGAUUGUCACUAAAAACUACAAAAUAAACAAAAAAGCAGUAUGUGAGCUAUUAUGGAAAUUCAACCGAUACUGAUACCUUAAGUAUCUAUACUGAAACAAUCGCAGUGCUACUCGUUGAAACAUAAGUGUACCUUACUAUUUGAAACAAAAAAAAUGCUUAUGCGUCAUCAAUAUGCUAUUGAAAUGUUCCAUUGGAAAUCCUAAAGCAGUGGGGAAAGCCUUGAGAAAAUGUCUUUCGGAAUACAAUUCAAAUAUGAAAAAUUAAAAUAAACUAGAUAAACAAUAUAUUAAAAAGAAUUGAUCUAUUACAUAAAACAAUUAAUACUAUCACAAAAAAGCCAAUGAUGGAAAUAUUUACUGAAAACAAAUAUUUAAAAUUCUGAAAAUGAAAGCUAAUACAGAAAUGAUAACCAAAAUGAAAAGAUUCUCGAUAUAUUUUCUUGUUACUGCGAAAUACAUUAAUGUAAGCCCGCACAGGCACAAUGUUGACAAAUGCGCAACCAAAACCCAGAAUUGACAGCUGUUAUUAUCUUAUAUAUAUAUUUGUAAAUAAAAUAUAAAAAAGAAGUA